UUCCAUGUAGACUUCUGGGGACCAGCCAGCAACUUCGGUAUCCCAAUCGCAGCAGUAAUGGACGUAAAGAAAGACCCCGAAAUCAUCUCCGGCCGCAUGACCGCCGCCCUCUGCGGCUACUCCGGCGUCUUCAUGCGCUACGCCUUCGCCGUCACUCCCGCCAACUACCUCCUCUUUGGCUGCCAUCUGGUCAACUUCAGCGCACAAGCGACGCAGGGCUACCGCUUCGUCAACCACUGGUACAUGGGUGGACGUGAGAAGGCGCUCGAGAACAAGGCGAAAGAG